GUGCACGCUGCGUCCUAACCUAAAAUCAGCUGUGCGCACGGAUGCCUUUACACUUGUACAGAAUCCGGAGAGGCUUGGCCUGUGAUAAAUUAUUGUAAAUUUUCGUAAACGUCUGAUUGCAGGGUGAAAUUACAAAUUGUACCGUUUGUCCGACAAGUCGCGAAAGAGGAGAUGUGUUCGAUCAACGACUGCAGAUUUGAACACGACGAUGAAAGUACUAAAGGCAAAACGAGAGAUCUAUCAGAUACAACGCUAUGCAGAAAGUGCAGGUGCGAGAGCGUGGACGUUUUAUUAGCCGGCCAGAGCGGUUACUGUAACGCCUGUUUCCUGACUGCUACGAGCCACAAGUUCAGAGCGGCGCUCGGUAAAUCCAAGAUCAUUCGCCGCGGCGACGCGAUACUGGUCGACCACUCGGGGGAAUUGAAUUCCACCGUGCUCUUACACCUCAUUAAAGCAGGCUUGAGUGAAUCCACUCACAAGAAAAUCAUCUUCAAGACAGUGGUCUUGUAUAUAGACGACAACGUGGCGAGAACGAGCGAGGAAAGGGACGCGCUGCGACGCAGGAUCGCCGAGGAAACGAGGGCCUCCGGAUUCGACGGUUACGCCGUGUCAUUGAGUCAAGUUUUAAACGCGGAGGAUGCACUGGACGUAAAACCGAUGGGCGAGGAGAUGAGCCAUGAAAGGGACGAUCAGCUGCGUGCGAUGUUGGCCGGUUUAUCGGACGACACCGCGAGGACGGAUCUUAUCGGUCAGCUGCGUCGAAGGCUGCUCCUGUCGGCGGCUCGCAGACUCGAUUGCGGCAAGAUAUUCGUGGCCGAUUCCGCCGUGGACAUCGCCGCGAAGGCGCUCGGGGACGUGUGCCUGGGACGAGGCGCGCAACUCUCCGCGCUCGCCGGCUUCUGCGACGCGCGGUGCACCGACGUCCUGAUACUCAAGCCGAUGAGGGACUUCACGCAGCAGGAAUUGGCGCACUAUUCGAGAUACCACGGGAUAAGCUGCGUCAAGCCGGCGGAGCUCGGCGCGCCGGCGGCUUGCAUCCAGGCGUUGGCGCGCGGUUUCACGACGCAGCUGGAGUCUCAGUUCUCCGGCACGGUGUCCACCGUGUUCCGCACGGCCGACAAAGUGAGCCCGAGGGGCGACGCGCAGCGGGGCGUAGAGGACAAUUGCGCGCUUUGCGACGCGAGCUUGGACUCCGGGACUUCUGCCGACGAGGUGACCGCCACGCGGGCGCUCGAGGUUUCCAAACGGGUGUCUUCCAGAUGCGUCGCCGCGAGUUCUCCUGGAAACGAGGAAGCGAGCGGAGACUCCAAUUGCCUCGUUCCAGGCACGGCGUGUAGCUGUAAGAACGACGUGAGGGGACAAGUGGCCGCGGAGGACGUUUGGAGAUGUCUCUGUUACAGCUGCAGACGGAUAUUUCCGAGCACGGAGAUUUUAUGCGACCUGCCGGCGCCGUUACUGUCCGCCAUCCGGCAAAGAAUAGCUUUGAAGAGUAUGAAAGAGAGAAUCAGUGACUUUUUACUUUAAUUAGGAGCUCUAAGAUUUUGCGGACGAGAACGUUUGUACAUUGACACGGUGGAAAUGUACAUAUUACGAGACUUUUUAUUUAAAUACAGUAACACGUUAUUUAUACGCAUUAUUUUUCCCGAGA